GAUAACAGUUUUCGUCUCGUGUUUUGGUUUCCUCGCGCUUACUUUGACAGAGUGUGAAGCCGUGAGCUCGUGCAGUCGGAGCAGACAGACGUCACGACGCUGCUGGCGGACCAGACGACGUUCCGAGGCUGUCUGAGCGGGACCUCCGUCUGGACUGAGAGCAGAGAAGGAUCCCUGAACCAUGGAUUCUCCUGAAAGGUGAGUCUGCAAUGCUUUAGGCUGAGGAGGAAAGCAGCUGAGGAGAAGGAGAUGGGCUGCACCUCUGCAAAGCAGGUGUCUUCUGUGCCCAACAGUGAGGAGGAGCAGAACAAAGCCCACAGCAACGGGGACAUUGUCCCUGAUGAGCACAAGAUGAAAGGGAUGGAGAAAGUCAAGUACAUCGAUGGAGAGGAUGCAGGAGUGGACAGCCCCGAUGGCACAGAGAAGAGCGCUCUUCUUGGUAAAGGACAACAGAUGAAUGAAUCGGGACUGAAUGGAAAGAUUUUGUAA